AGGAUGGAGCAGACGGACAAGGGAGAAACACACAUCACACGUCUGAAUGACUGUUUCUCCCGAUCAGGAUCUAGCUUUAAUGUACCCUCACACUGCAACUUCGCUUUCCCCCCGUUCUGUCUGUCUUUCUUUCUUUUUUUACUAAUUUCGCGACCGACCAACUGGGCACCAGUGAGUCUCCCAGCAGCCUGUGAAGGCACCGCCGGCUUCGCCUGGAUGUGGAAGGAGAGAAGAGCCUUUUGAAAAGCACUCGCACCUUCAUCCGGACUGCCUGCUCGUUUUUACUAUCGACAUGGAGGAAGACAAUCACGUUCCCGAGGAUCUGUCCCUGGAGGAGCGGGAUGAGCUGUCGAACAUCCGGCGGAGGAAGAGAGAGCUUCUGGAUGAUAUUGAGAGAUUGAAGUAUGAGAUAGCAGAGGUCAUGACGGAGAUCGAGCAACUCACAUGUGUUGGGGAAAGUAAAACGUCCCAGAGAAACAAACAGAUUGCUAUGGGCCGGAAGAAAUUCAACAUGGAUCCCAAAAAGGGAAUCCAGUUCCUGCUUGAGAACGACCUUCUCCAGCACACUCCCGAAGACAUCGCCCAGUUCCUCUACAAAGGCGAGGGGCUCAACAAGACCGUCAUCGGAGACUACUUAGGCGAGCGAGAUGACUUCAACAUCAAGGUGCUUCAAGCCUUUGUGGAGCUGCAUGAGUUUGCAGACCUGAACCUCGUCCAAGCGCUACGGCAGUUCUUGUGGAGCUUCCGCUUGCCGGGCGAAGCCCAGAAGAUCGACCGUAUGAUGGAGGCGUUCGCCUCGCGCUACUGCCAGUGCAACGCGGGAGUCUUCCAGUCGACAGAUACUUGCUAUGUUCUGUCAUUCGCUAUCAUUAUGCUGAACACCAGUCUGCAUAACCCUAAUGUCAGAGACAAGCCCCCUGUGGAGCGGUUUAUCUCCAUGAACAGAGGCAUCAAUGAAGGAGGGGAUCUGCCAGAGGAGCUUCUCAGGAACCUUUAUGACAGCAUCAAAAAUGAGCCCUUCAAGAUCCCAGAGGACGACGGGAACGAUCUGACGCACACAUUCUUCAAUCCCGACAGGGAGGGCUGGCUCUUAAAGCUCGGAGGCCGAGUGAAAACGUGGAAGAGAAGGUGGUUUAUUCUGACCGACAACUGCCUCUACUACUUCGAAUACACAACGGAUAAAGAGCCUCGUGGGAUUAUUCCUCUAGAAAACCUCAGUAUCAGAGAGGUGGACGAGCCGCGAAAACCCAACUGCUUCGAGCUCUACAACCCCAACCACAAGGGUCAGGUCAUUAAGGCAUGCAAGACGGAGGCGGACGGGCGGGUCGUCGAGGGCAACCACGUCGUGUACAGAAUAUCAGCCCCAACUCCCGAGGAGAAGGAGGAGUGGAUCAAAUCCAUCAAAGCGAGCAUCAGCAGGGAUCCUUUCUACGACAUGCUGGCCACCAGGAAGAGGAGGAUAGCCAACAAGAAAUGAUGACCAGACAUCUUCUUGCUACUUCAGGCAGCAGCACUUCAAUGACUGGGAAUCCAUGCGUGUGUGCGUGUUAUGGGAGCCACAAUCUCCCAUUUAUUGUUUCAUGGCUGGAGGAGAAACAGUAAAUGAAAGAGGAAUACUAUGGAUCAUCUACAUUUCUGUCAAGACUGUCUUCACCUCAAUAUGUGAAUGUGGGGAUUUUAUUUAGUUUGGCAAAGACUUGGAAUAUUGAUAUUAAAGGGAGAGGAGAGAACUGUGAAUUCAAUCUUCACCAAUGGGAUAAAAAUGAAGAACACUAUGAGACAAGUCAGCCAUGACUAUUAUCGUGGGAUUUCUUUUUUUUAAUACUAAUGAAGAGAUUGCCCUCUGCUGGACACAUACGGAAUGAAAUCUACUGCACUAUAAUUUGAAACCUCAACAUCCAUCAUUAUAUCCUGCAGCGUUCCUGUCAUCUAGGUCAUUGCCAGCAAGACUCCCAGAUGCCAUCGUAAUACUUUUACCUCUAUCAACAACUGCCAACGCCAACAAUAUUUUGUAGCAACUAACUUCUGAAUGCCUCAAGUUUAUCAAUCAGCUGGUCUGAUUGAUAACCCCUCAAGUGACUGAAUCUUUAUAUGCAAAUAUUCUGAUUUAUCCUAGAAAAUUCAACUCGUGCUUAAUUUACAGUCCGCACAAGUAUUUCAUCUUUGAAGGAAAAGAAAUGGAAACAGGUUUGAGGAAAUAUUCAGUGUAUGCGAUAGUGUAGUAACACAUUUUAAAUGACCAUGGGUUUUAAAAAGCUAUAGUUAAUCAAAUAUUAAUUCUGAAAAAUGUAAUCUGAAAUUAUUUUAUGCAUUGAAGAUCCACCUUUGCGAUCAAGUUAUUUUCCGUUGGAUUUAUUUUUUCUUUAAUGUUUCACAGAAGAGGCAGCCCCACAUCUUACAGUUAGCAUGUAUAGAAUUUAAUGUACAGACCGUUUUGUUUUGAUUGAUUUUGUGUGUUCAUGUGACAUGUAAAUCUUGACUGUAGCUUUUACCCGUUCACCUUUUUAGUUUGCCAUCUGACAGAUGAUAAUAACUUGUGCAGCUCGUGGUGGAGCAGUGAAAAACGGUUAUAACUGAGGAAAUUAUACAUGAUACAAGAAAAAAAAAAAGAUACUGGACUUUUCAAAAGUCCACUAACGUGUGUGAAAGUUGACUGGAACUUACCCAGCCUAAAGCCAAAACUGAAUUUAGUGGGUGCAGAAGUUUAAUCUUUGAUUAUUUUCUUUCUCUUUUUCUUAAAGAUGAGACAACUUCUGAAUACUUUGAUGUACAAUCUGAAUAAAAAUUCAUGCUGAUAAUACACAACAGUUUGCGUGUUCACGUGAAUUGAAGUGCUCGACUCACC